AGAAUCCCACUGAGAGUGACGAAUAGCUUCCAGAUUCUAGAAAGAAAACACUCUCAGAGAGACAGAGAGUGAGAGGGAUGGAGGAAGAAGAGCAUGAGGUGUACGGUGGAGAAAUCCCAGACGUGGAGGGAGAUAUGGACCCUAACAACGCCGAUGUCGAUAUGCACGCCGCAGAAGAUGACGCCGUCAAGGCGCAAGAGCUGGAUGAGAUGAAAAAGAGGUUGAAGGAGAUGGAGGAGGAAGCCGCGGCUCUCCGCGAGAUGCAGGCGAAGGUGGAGAAAGAAAUGGGCGCUGUUCAAGAUCCUGCUAGUGCAGCUGCUAAUGCAAACAAGGAGGAAGUAGAUUCAAGAUCGGUAUUUGUUGGCAAUGUUGAUUAUUCAUGCACUCCUGAAGAAGUGCAGCAGCAUUUCCAAUCUUGUGGCACUGUGAACAGAGUGACUAUUCUCACAGAUAAGUUUGGGCAGCCAAAGGGUUUUGCUUAUGUGGAAUUUCUUGAAGUGGAAGCUGUUCAGGAGGCUCUUGUGUUGAAUGAAUCUGAACUACAUGGCCGUCAGUUGAAGGUUUCGGCAAAAAGAACAAAUGUUCCUGGGAUGAAGCAGUACCGCCCAAGGCGUUUUAAUCCUUAUGCCGGAUACAGAUCCAGGAGACCAUAUGUACCUCCGUAUUUCUACUCCCCUUAUGGUUAUGGGAAGGUUCCUAGGUUUCGAAGGCUGUCGCGUUACAUGCCUUAUUACUGAGAAGUUAAUAUCUUCCGAGAGCAGACAUUUAUAUGUUAUCUUUUAACAAUAAUUUCAGACCCCUAAAUGAAGAUUGUCUUCAUGAUACUUUUACUAAAUGGCACAAUGAACAUUGAAUAUUUGCUUGACCGUGGAGAGAAAUUAUGUCAUGAUGCUGCAUUAUUGCCUUUUUCUUAUACCA